AAUCAUUACCUCUCACCAUAGGUUGGCUGCAUCUUGGCUUCAGUGCCCUCCUCUUUCACCACCCCCGUGUCGACGGCUCACCGCACCCACUGCCUGCUCCUGCGCCAUGUCUGCCACUUUGCGCCUCUUUCGACCGCAGCAACGAGUGCGAACGAGGCCUUUCCGCACCGUGACCAUCGACCUUGUCGAUGGCAGACUCCCCCUCUUCUAUUUCGAACAAAUGGGUAUCGUCAGCGCCAGUCUUUGGACGGAAGACUCCCUGAGGCUUAUUGGCUUCAUGCCCCCGAGUGCGAGUCUUCCGCACUACAAUUUGUCGCUCUCCCUCCAGACUUUCACGGACGGAGCCUCGAUCGACGUCAAAGCGGAAGAAGAACCGGCAUAUUCCCGAGCAGAAGCUUUCUCGGAGGCCCUUCCGGACACCAUUAUGAGAGACUUUGGCCUCGAGGAAGAUGACGCGACGUGGACCCCCGCCAUCGGGUCCAUGCCUAUGCCCAGCGAUCUGACGUCAAUGCUGGGCCGACACCGCCAGCGCAGCCUUUUAGUAUCUGAAAGCUCUCGUAGAACAGUAAUCUCGAUCUAUCUGACGUGCGCGCUGGACGUAGUGGACCACGACAAAGAACAUCUCCUUGUAGGGGAGGAGAUUGGAGUUACACUGGUGAAAAGCGUUGAUCGCACGGAUGAGGGAUUGGGAAAAGACGUCGUCCGGUACAAUGGCCCGCUCGACUUCGUGGUGGGGCACUUCCCAGGUGACCGGCGCCCCACACAGGACAUUGCAUCAGACGCUGCACUAUGUGUCGUCGAGGCGAAGAAAAGCAAGACCUUUGAGAAUGGAUACUACCAAGUGCUUGCUCAAGCGAGCACGAUCUUAUGCCACCGUCGGACCAAGGCCCGCGGACGUGGAGCAUACCGCACGUACUUUGCUUAUACCGAUGGGGAGCGAUGGGCGUUUGGAUAUCUCCGGCCGAGGGGCGAUCGCAUCCUUGUAAAGAGGUCAGCAAUCGUGGUAGGGAAGCUGAAGGGCAAGAUCAUGGACGUGGAGGGAUGCACGCGCGUGUACAAUCAUCUCAUCGCUCUCAUUCACCGCGCAUACCGAUCGACUCCGCGCAACUCCCGCGUGGACUUGUCGGCACUAGACGACAGCGAACAGGAGGAGGUGGACGAGGACAAUGGUGAGGGCGACGAGGAGGUGGAGGAUCCGGAUGUAGAUCCGACUGUCGUGGAAUCCGUCAUUUCGGAGAUGGGUCAGAUAUCGAUCUGAUCUAUUUUGGAUGAAGCAUGGUUGCAAAUUCUCUGUCACCAUCGUUGAAUAAAAUAGUACACCAUCACUACAACCAAACCGUUCACGACAACCAUUAUCUCCAACAGCAACACCACCACACGGUUAAG